AUGAGUGGAGAAGGAAAGGUGGUGUGUGUAACGGGAGGUUCUGGUUAUAUAGCUUCAUGGCUUGUGAAGCUACUGCUUCUGCGUGGCUACACCGUUAAAGCCACACUGCGUGACCCCUAUGAUACGAAGAAAACAGAGCACUUGCUUGGACUUGAUGGGGCAAAGGAAAGACUUCAUUUGGUGAAAGCAGAGUUACUUGAAGAAGGGUGUUUUGACUCUGUAGUUGAUGGAUGCCAUGGUCUAUUUCACACUGCUUCUCCUGUCUCCUUUUCACCAUCUGAUCCACAGGUAGAAUUGAUUGAACCGGCAGUAAAUGGAACACUUAAUGUUUUAAAAUCAUGUGCGAAAACUUCGAGUGUCAAGAGGGUGGUUUUGACAUCUUCUAUUGCCACUAUUCUUUACAACGGAGAACCUCUCACCCUUCAAGUUCUGCUCGAUAAGACUUGGCAAUCUAAUGUUGGUUAUAGCCAGAGAUCGAAGCUUUAUUACACGGCUUCAAAAAUACUAGCAGAGGAGAGUGCUUUAGAAUUCUCAAAGCAACAUGGAAUUGAUUUGGUUGUAAUGAACCCAGGACUUGUAAUUGGUCCCCUGCUACAACCAACUCUCAAUUUCUCUGUUGAGGUCAUUCUCAAAAUGAUCAAUGAUAUAGUGUUCCCAGGAAGAGAUUAUAGAUUUGUUGAUGUGAGAGAUGUGGCAAGUGCUCAUAUUCAAGCUUUUGAAAUUGAUUCUGCUUGUGGGAGAUAUUAUUUGGUUGCACAAGUUUUAGCCUUGUCUGAGGUGCUCCAAAUUUUGCAUCAACAGUUUCCAGCUCUGCAACUUCUUCCGAGAUCAGGAGAAAACAGCAGCAAUAGUGGUGGGCCAAGGUGCCAGGCACCAGAGGAGAAAGCAAAAACUCUGGGUAUCAAUUUCAUUCCUGUGGAAGUUAGUCUCAAAGACACUGUGGAAAGCUUGAAGCAAAAGAAUGAAGAAGAAGAAGAAGAAGAAGAAGAGGAGGAGGAGAGGAUGAGUGGAGAAGGAAAGGUGGUGUGCGUAACGGGAGGUUCUGGUUAUAUAGCCUCAUGGCUUGUGAAGCUACUGCUUCAACGUGGCUACACUGUUAAAGCCACACUGCGUGACCCGCAUGAUACGAAGAAAACAGAGCACUUGCUUGGACUUGAUGGGGCAAAGGAAAGACUUCAUUUGGUGAAAGCAGAGUUACUUGAAGAAGGGUGUUUUGACUCUGUAGUUGAUGGAUGCCAUGGUGUAUUUCACACUGCUUCUCCUGUCUCCUUUUCACCAUCUGAUCCACAGGUGGAAUUAAUUGAGCCGGCAGUAAAAGGAACACUUAAUGUACUAAAAUCAUGUGCAAAAGCUUCAAGCAUAAAGAGGGUGAUUUUUACAUCUUCUAUUCUCACACUUCUUUACAAUGGAAAACCUCUUACCUCCCAAGUUCUGGUUGAUGAGACUUGGCAAUCUGACGUUGAUUUUUGCCGGAAAACAAAGCAAUGGUACAUUGUUUCAAAAAUACUAGCAGAGGAAGCUGCUUUGGAAUUCUCAAAGCAACAUGGAAUUGAUUUGGUUGUAAUGAACCCAGGAUUUGUAAUUGGUCCUCUGAUACAGCCAACUCUCAAUUUAUCCCUCCAAGUCAUUCUCAAAAUGAUCAAUGGAGAUAUAAUGUUCUCAGGAGUGGACUAUAAAUUUGUUGAUGUGAGAGAUGUGGCAAAUGCACAUAUUCAAGCUUUUGAAAGUGAUUCUGCUUGUGGGAGAUAUUGUUUGGUUGCACAAGUUUUAGCUUUGUCUCAGGUGCUCCAGAUUUUGCAUCAACAAUUUCCAGCUCUGCAACUUCUUCCAAGUAGCAAUAGUGAUGGGCCAAGAUACCAGAUAUCAAAGGAGAAAGCGAAAACUUUAGGUAUCAAUUUCAUUCCUGUGGAAGUGAGUCUCAGAGAAACUGUGGAAAGCUUGAAGCGAGAGAAUUUCCUUUGAGAUUUCAAUUAUUAUUUCUAAUAAUAUCUUUUGGGGAAAACACAAUUCUAAUAAUAUAUAUAUAUCCAACAAUUAUGUGAACCAACAUAAACAUAUAUAUAUAUUUCUAUAUAUAU